AUGAUAGAGCUGCCUAAGUAUAAUCAGUUCUGCGAUAGCCUGAUUAAGAAAAGCCCUAGUUCCUGUGAGUUUCCUCCUGCUGUGAACAUCAGGGUUCUGGCCUCCAUCUCCUGGCCACCUCCCUUGCGCCAUGGCCCUGAAGCAGCAAUCUGCUUCCUGCCUCAGCCCAAGAAACCCAGACCGGUUGCUGCCCCGAAGCUGGAGGACAAGUCGGCCUCUCCCGGCCUGCCGAAGGGAGAAAAAGAACAGCAAGAAGCAAUUGAACAUAUUGAUGAAGUACAAAAUGAAAUAGACAGACUUAAUGAACAAGUCAGUGAGGAAAUUUUGAAAGUAGAACAAAAAUAUAACAAACUCCGUCAACCAUUUUUUCAGGAGAGGUCAGAAUUGAUCGCCAAAAUCCCAAAUUUUUGGGUAACAACAUUUGUCAGCCAUCCACAAGUGUCUGCACUGCUUGGGGAGGAAGACAAGGAGGCCCUGCAUUAUUUGACCAGAGUUGAAGUGACAGAAUUUGAAGACAUUAAAUCAGGUUACAGAACAGAUUUUUAUUUUGAUGAAAAUCCUUACUUUGAAAAUAAAGUCCUCUCCAAAGAAUUUCAUCUGAAUGAGAGAGGCGACCCAUCUUCAAAGUCCACUGAAAUCAAAUGGAAAUCUGGAAAGGAUUUGACAAAACGCUCAAGUCAAACGCAGAAUAAGGCCAGCAGGAAGAGGCAGCGUGAAGAGUCAGAGAUCUUUACCUGGUUUACUGACCGUUCUGACGCAAGUGCUGACGAGUUAGGAGAGGCCAUCAAAGAUGAUAUUUGGCCAAAUCCUUUGCAGUACUAUUUGGUCCCCGAUAUGGAUGAUGAAGAAGGAGAGGCAGAGGAUGAUGACAACGAAGAAGGGUUGGAAGAUAUUGAUGAAGAAGGAGACGAGGAUGAAGGUGAAGAAGAUGAUGAUGAGGAUGAAGGGGAGGAAGGAGAGGAGGAUGAAGGCAAGGAUGACUAACACAGAAGACCGAUGGAUCCAACCUUCUUUUUCAUUUUCUUUUUAUUUUUUAAAUUUCCCCAGUCCCUGGGGGCGAGUUGCAGUCCUUUCCUCCCUGUCCCUCUGUGCUCAGCCGCCCUGUUUUUGAGGUCUCAACAUCAUGGUUCUCAACUAAUUUGGGGGAAAAUAUCUUGAGCAAAAUACAACAGGAAAAGAAUCUUCACGUUUCUGUUCUAAAUUCAUUUUUAUCCUUGUCUCAAACUGUGGAUUCAACACCAUCACCAUGCUCUGUGGAAAGAAAGAAAAGCCCUCCAGUUCCCUUGGCUCUGCUGGAGGCUGGAGGGUGCUAGGCCCCUGUGUAGUAGUGCAUAGAAUUCUAGCUUUUUCUUUUCUCUGUAUAUUGGGCUCAGAGAUUACACUGUGUCUCUAUGUGAAUACAGACAGUUAGCAUUUACCAACAUG